AUGAGAUUUGUUAGAUUCGCCAUCGACCUGGCGUCGGUCCUGAAUGCCUCACGGUCCGUGGCAACCAAGCAUGUCGCGUUGCGAGGCUGGCAGCUGGAGUCGCUCAACAGGACAUCCGGCAUCGCCGCUUCACUGAAGAGUCGAACGAUCCGUCCGUCAGCAGAUCCACAGGAAGCGCCAACACCAGCGGCUUCAACUUCAGCCUCCCCAGUUGCGCCAUUCGCAACACCCACAGAGAAGGGACCCAUCGUUGCCAAUGAUGCUGCCUCAUCGGUGCAAGCCGCACAGCAAGCCACGCAUGUACCUCACAAAUCUACAGCGUCUCCAACUCCGGGCUUGAAUCACGCAGCAGGUCUACACCCAGACUCGACCUCCGUGCUCUCGCAAUUGAGGCAACCUAAGCCCACGGCGUCUCAAUGGUCUGAUGCAUCUCCCUUGGAAUCAAGUCAGCGCACCCCGGACGCCGGCCUGGCGCAGGCCGUUUUCGAGUCUCAAAAGCCAUCGUCAGCACCAAAGCGUCCUGACGAACCGGAGAAUUUGCCCCCCGGAAUCGACGUCAACAUUUUCCACACGAAACGAGGAUCCGGGUUGCUGGGAGAUCUCGGAGCGAGGGAAAAGCCAAAGUCCACGGGGUUGCCCGAGUUUAUGCAGCAUUCUCAUUCAGCAUCGCCCAAGCCACAUGCGAACCCUAUUCCACUCACUCCGACGCCUCAGCCUUUACCCAACAUCAAGGCAGAGCCAGUUGGCGGUCCGGCCAGCCAGGAUGCCAACCAAUCAUUCCAAGCUGCUCUCGAUAAAGUCGAAGCAACUAGCCCUGUGCCUCAUCAAACGGAUGUUGAGGCCACACGACCCGCCCAUGUCCUGAGAGAAUCCAAGGUACCUUCGUCGCGGAUGGGUCGCCUCUGGAACUAUGGUGGCCUCGCAGCAGGAAUCAUGGGCGGCGCCAUCACAGAGGGCAUCGGGCGGGCUUUCGGCGGAACCGGAUCGGGGUCUGUGUUGUUGAGCGCCGGAAACAUGGAGCGGUUGGUCUCUAAGCUCUCCAAGAUGAGAGGCGCAGCACUGAAGCUAGGGCAGAUGAUGAGCUUCCAAGACUCCAAGUUGCUCCCGGCACCGUUGCAAGAGGUCCUCCAGAGAGUUCAAGAUCGGGCAGACUACAUGCCCGCAUGGCAGCGGGACAAGGUCUUGGUCGCAAACCUGGGACCCCAAUGGCGAGAUCCCUUCGAGGAGUUUGAGGAGAAGCCAAUAGCCGCAGCGUCCAUUGGUCAGGUCCAUCGAGCCAUUUUGAAGGAAGGCAGCCGCCCGUUGCUGUCAAGAUCCAAUUCCCUGGAGUGGCCGAUUCGAUCAACUCAGCCUUGA